AUGGGAAACCUUAGCUUUUUGACUUACUUGUCUAUUGAGUUUUGCAAUUUCUCGGGUUCCAUUCCAUCUUCACUUGGUAACCUCACUAAACUCAAUGUUCUUCGCCUUUCAAAUAGCUCUCUUGUGGGUAACAUUCCUCAUUCACUUGGAAACCUUGUUCAACUCUCUCAUCUAGUAAUUUCCAGGACUCAAUUGACAGGCCAAGUCCCUUUUAGGCUUGUAAACUUGCCUCAAUUGAGUUAUCUUGAUCUCAGCCAUAAUCUUUUGAGUGGUGAAAUAAAAUUAGAGAAUGAGACACUUGCUAUCAUUGGCCUGAACAACAAUCAGUUAACUGGUCCAAUUACUUUUGGGCCUAUGAACCUCACAAACUUACGUGUCUUGGACCUUGCAGUCAACAAGAUUCAUGGUCAAAUUUCAAACUCAAUCUUCAACUUCAAGAAUCUUGAAUUUCUUUAUCUUUUUGAGAACUACUUUAACGGCACUUUGGAGUUUGAUGAGUUUCUUAAGCUCAAACAUUUAUCUGAAUUGGAUAUUUCUGGUAAUCAAUUAUCGUUACUCAUUAAAGAAACUAGUGCCAAAGCAACUCUUCAAAAGUUUCAAGUUUUAGGAUUUUCUUCAUGCAACUUGAGCGAGGUUCCAAAUUUCAUAAGAAGCCAGCAUGAGUUGAAGAAUCUAAACUUGUCCAACAACAAGAUUCAUGGCCAAGUUCCAGAAUGGAUGUGGAACACAAGCACAACAAGUCUAGAGGUUCUUGAUCUUUCCAACAACUUGCUCACAGGCUUUAGUCAACAUCCAAUUUUUCUUCCAUGGACUUCUCUACAAGUUCUGGAUCUCAGGUCAAAUUUUCUCCAAGGAUCACUUCCGAUUCCACCAGUCUCCACUUUGUAUUUUUUUAUUUCCAACAACUUAAUCACUGGAAAUAUGCCAGAAUUGUUUUGCAAUCUGAGUUCUCUUCAAGUCCUUGAUUUGGCUAAUAACAACUUAAGUGGUUCACUUCCUCGAUGCUUUGACAACUUUGCUGAAUCUCUAUUGGUACUUGAUUUGCGAAGGAACAAAUUUCAGGGAAGCAUUCCAGAAACUUGGAUAAAUGGAAGCCAAUUGAGGAUAAUAAAUUUCAGUCAAAACAAAUUUCAAGGGCAGUUACCGAGAUUGCUGGCUGAGUGUACAAUGCUAAAGGUCAUUGAUCUUAGUGAUAACCAAUUCAAUGAUACGUUUCCAUUUUGGUUGGGACAUCUUUCAAAUUUAAAGGUCCUUAGGUUACGGUCAAACAAAUUCAAUGGUCCAAUGGAGACGCCUCAAACUUAUUUUUAUAAGUUCCCCAACAUCCGAAUCCUUGACAUCUCCUACAAUGAUUUUAUGGGAAAGCUGCCAUUAAGACUUUUUGAAAAUUGGAAGGCCAAAAAACUUGCGGAUGAGCAUAUGUUAACAUAUAUUCAUGAAAGCUCAGACUUUCAAAAAAAAAGAUAUUGGUUUGCCGAUGUGGCUUGGGCUGCUUAUACUUACUCUAUGGUGAUGACAAACAAAGGAAACGUUGUUUUCUAUGAGAAGGUUCAAGAAGUGUUCACGGCCAUUGAUUUCUCAAGCAACAGAUUUGUCGGUGAGAUUCCUGAAUCUAUUGGAAAUUUAAAGGGAGUUCAAUUGCUCAAUCUUUCUAAUAAUGCCCUUACCGGUCAUAUCCCAUCAUCUUUAGGAAACCUUACAGAGCUAGAAACAUUAGACUUUUCUCAAAACAAUUUGUCGGGGGAGAUUCUACAGCAGCUAACACAACUUACUUUCUUAGAAGUCUUUAGUGUUUCUCAUAAUAAUCUCGCAGGACCUAUACUACAGGGGAAACAAUUUGAUACAUUUGAAAACAGUUCAUUUGAGGGGAAUCCAAGAUUGUGUGGGAGAACAUUGACACGGAAAUGUGAGAAUUCUAAUGAGCCGCAUUCUCACCCUUCAAUCUCUCAAGAAAGUCAAGACUCUGGAUCACCAUUUGAAUUUGGUUGGAAAAUAGUUGCGAUUGGAUAUGGAUUUGGAUUUGUUGUUGGAGUAAUCAUUGGGCAGAUUGUGAUUGCAAGGAAAUAUGAUUGGUUAAUGAAGACCUUAAGAAUAAGGCCAUUGGGUGGGAGGAGACACAGAAAUUAA